AUUGGCUUGCUGAGGAACGGAAGAAUGAUUGAGCAAGAGACGGCUGUUAACACUUCCAGAGCGAGUGAGCUCCUCGGGCAGGUCCAGAAGGCACAGCUGCAGGCACGACCAGGAGUCUUUGAGAGGCCAAAGCAGCAUGGAGACUGGACAGAAAGUGACCCGAAAAGGCCGGAAACUGGGCUCCAGCCGCCGGCGGCAGACACGGGAGCCCGCUGAUGGCCAGGAUGCCACUGUGGCUCCGGAGCCAGAGUCCUGGUCCUCCCAGGCAGCUGCAGAGCUACAGGGCUUCUUCCAGCAGUGUGGUGCCAAGGAGAGGGGCUUUGUCACCCGCGAGGACCUGGCGGUGGCCCAGUUCAGCUUCCUGGGCGGUGAGGAGGAGCCGGAGAUGAUCUUUGACUGGGUGGAUGUGGAGCGGAAGGGACACCUCUCCCUCGAAGAAUUCAGCUCUGGGCUCAAGAAUAUCUUUGGCUCCAGCCCAAGCACCCGCAGGCUCCGUGGAAGGAGGCCACUGUCCUCCAAGCGACGAUCUGCAGCCACCAGCGUCCCUGUGCUGGAGGAGGCCGACGCGGAGGAGAAGGAGGCGUUCUUUGCCUUCAUGGAGCAGCUGGGGGCUGGCCACUUACUUCCUGAGCAGGCGGAGAUCUGGCAGCUGUGGAGGAAGCUGAGGCAGGAGGAGCCCCAGCUGGCGGGCAACCUGGAGGACUUCCUGGCCCAGAUGACCAGCCGCCUGCAGGGGGCGCGGGCGGACAGGGAGGCUCUGGAGCUGACCCUGAGGAAGCGGGACUCCGACCACCAGCGCGAGGUCCAGCAGCUGUACGAGGAGAUGGAGCAGCAGAUCGGCCAGCAGAGGCGGCGGCUGCAGGCCAAGAGUGACUCCCGGGACCUGGCCCUCAGCUCCCAGAUGCAGGAGGUCCUGGAAGCCAAGGAGCGGGAGGUGCAGCAGCUGACCGAGGGCCAGAGGGAGCUGGAGGCCCAGCUCCGCCGCCUCAGCAGCACACACCAGGAGGCCAGCUCGGAGAACCAGCAGCUUCGGGAGGCCCAGCAUGACCUGGCUGGGCGGCUGGACAAGGUACGGGAGCAGCUGCAGGUGACCAAGGGACACAUAAACGUCACCAGAGCCCGCGUGUCCUGGCAGAUGGAAGAGGAACUGAGUGUCCCCAGAGCAGGCGAGGAGAAGGCUCCCGACCCUCGGGCAGUCUCCGCUGAGGAGGCUCCCCUGCCUGGACUGUUUGGGGACAACGAUGACUGGGACCAGCUCCUGAGCAGCUUCAGCAGCACCCCGAGUAGAGCCCUGCAGCUGUCCUGGAGCCCACCCCCGACCCCAAGGUCCCCCUCAGCCCCCCAGACACCCCGAGUGGUCAGGCAGAUCUCCAUCACAGAGCUGCAUGCUUUGCCGUUUGGCCAGCAGCCAUCUUCGGAUCCAGAUGGGGCUCCAAGGAGCCCCCCUGAGGUGCCUGCCAGAGCCAAGGAAGGGACAGGAGUGGACCCAGAUGUGCAAGACCUCAGUCCAGAGCGGCCUGUGCAGCCUCACAGAGCGCAGGCUAAGGGAGAGUCAGGGCCUGGCCCCGAGGCCCCCUUCCUCUGGGGUCUGCCUGGGGCCCCAGCUCCGGGGUCAGGGAGCCUGGGGGCAGCUGCAUUCCUUCCUUCGGAGGAUGGACGCCCUCCCCAGGUGACCUCUCCCCCUUCCCAGGCCCCAGCCGGGCCCAGCAAACAGUUCCAGGCCUCAUACUCAGAUGACAAAGACUCCUGGACUGGGUCUGUCCCAGCCAAGCCACCCAGGCAGAGAGAGGCCCUCCAUCAGGACCGUCACACUGCUGACUCUGAGCUGGGAAUGGGGUCCCCGGGAGCUGGAGUCCUCAGAGCAGGGCUGGCUGAGCCCUCCCUGGGUCUGGAGCGUGUGCCUCAGUCUCCCACAGAGGGAUCGGAGCAGGGCAAGCUGGGCCUGGAUGAGCAGGAGGGCCUUCCUGGGGGGCUAAGGGGAGCUCAUGGCCUGGUCCAGCCAGAUGGGCUGCCUGCCCUCCCGCAGCAGAGUCUGAAGGAGGAGCCCGGGGCUGAGGAGAGCAAGCAGGCGGGCCAAGGAGGGCAAGGCCUCAGUUCAGAGCAGCCGGCUGAGGCUCAGGGCCUGAGGGCUGGGCAUUCAGAGCUCCCCCAGCCAGGUUCCCUGCCUGCUCCUGUCCCACACGACACACUGCAGGCUGAGGCUGAGGCAGCAGCCCCUGCUCCUGGGACACCGUCACCUCCAAGGGGCUCUCCCCCUCGGGGGGCUCAGCCUAGGGGUGCAGCAGGGCCCCAGCAGCCCAUGGAAACGCUGCCCACCACGGCUGUGCUAGAAGCCCAACCUGGGCCUCCACCCACAGCUGCUCAAGCAGAGGGAGGACAAGGGCCGCUACAAUCAGGGGGGCCAAGGGAAGAAAACGGGCCCGAAGACCUACAAUCCAGGGCGCCAAGGGAAGAAAACAGGCCCGAAGACCUACAGUCCGGGGGGCCAAGGGAAGAAAACAGGCCCGAAGACCUACAGUCCGGGGGGCCAAGGGAAGAAAAGAGGUCCGAAGACCUACGAUCUGGGGGGCCAAGGGAAGAAAACGGGCCCGAAGACCUACAAUCUGGGGGGCCAAGGGAAGAAAACGGGCCCGAAGACCUACAAUCUGGGGGGCCAAGGGAAGAAAACGGGCCCGAAGACCUACAAUCCGGGGCGCCAAGGGAAGAAAACAGGCCCGAAGACCUACGAUCUGGGGGGCCAAGGGAAGUAAACAGGCCCGAAGACCUACAGUCCGGGGCGCCAAGGGAAGAAAACAGGCCCGAAGACCUACGAUCUGGGGGGCCAAGGGAAGAAAACAGGCCCGAAGACCUACAAUCCGGGGGGCCAAGGGAAGAAAACAGGCCUGAAGACUCGAGAGCAGGCUCCAGGGAGACUGGGCUGACCCCAUCCCCCGAGGACUCCAUGGGCAGCGAGUGUCUAGCUGACCCUGAUUACAUCUUCCACAUCAUCUUCCUGGGAGACUCGAACGUGGGCAAAACAUCCUUCUUGCACCUGCUCCACCAGAACACCUUCGCUGCUGGACUGACAGCUACUGUGGGAGUGGAUUUUCGGGUCAAAAACCUGCUGGUGGACAACAAGUGCUACGCGCUGCAGCUCUGGGACACAGCUGGCCAGGAGAGGUACCACAGCAUGACGCGGCAGCUGCUCCGCAAGGCUGAUGGAGUGGUGCUCAUGUACGAUGUCACAUGCCAAGAGAGCUUUGCCCACGUACGCUACUGGCUGGACUGUCUCCAGGAUUACAAAUGA